AUGUUUAGAAUAAAUGGUUUUUUGAACUUGCAAAGGGCGUUUAUGAGCUCAUACCUAAAUUAUAACAAAUACACAAUAAAAAGGAAAACAUACAUAGCAACCGUUGAAAAUAAAUACACCCAUGUAGUUCUACUAAAUAAUAUAAGUCAUAUUGGCGAAAAAGGAGACAUUAUAAAAAUAAAAAGAGGGUUCGCAAGGAACUUAAUUAAAGAAAGAAAAGCUGUUUAUGCUACUUAUGAAAAUAUUGACUACUAUGCUGAUAAGGAAAAAUAUAAAAGAACAGAACAUGUUGAUUCAAAAAAAGGUGUAGAGAUAAAAGAAGAUUUUGAAAAAUAUUUUACACAUUUGAAAAAUAUAGACGUAACUAUUUACCUAGAUGUAUACAAAUACACAAAUAACGUAUCAUAUGGAUUAUAUGAAUUUUUUAAUUAUAUUUCGCAUAAUUACGAAUUGGAUUUAACUUGCCAAAAUUUACAUAAAAUAAAUUAUUAUAAAAAUGAAGAAGAAUACAAAAAUAAUAUAUAUGAACAAAUUUUUUCAGACACAUCAAAUGACAAUGAUUUGAUUAUCCAGAGCAAUUUGAUUUUUAAGUAUACAGGAAUUUAUGUCAUUUAUUAUUUUCUUUUUAUCCAAAAUGCCAAGUUCUUAAACGAAAUUGUGUUUAGGAUUUCGUCCUUGCAGGAAUAUGAGCUUUUAAAGGAUGAAAAGAAGGAUAAGAAAUCUGAAAUAGUAUAUCGAAUAAAUUGA